ACUGCUGCGCAGUUUCUGUGUCGUGUGCAAGAAGCCGGUGUGCAACAAGAAUAUUCCAAUUAUUUAACGCAAGUGUAAAGUACAUUUUUACAUUUAAUUUGCAAUUGGUGACUCAGCAUAAUCAUCAAUUUCUUGCCAUUACACUGAAUACGUAGGCGACAGUCUAACCAGUUUCCUACCGUCUAUCAGUUUACUUUUUAAAGGAAUAUUUCUUUUUUUUCCCCAAAAAAUGGCGAUUAAAGCAGUUUGUGUUUUGCAAGGAGAGGUCAAAGGAACCGUAUUUUUUGAAGAAGCCGGAGACUCUGUCAAGGUCACCGGUGAAGUUACAGGAUUAAAAAAAGGAUUGCACGGUUUUCAUAUUCACGAAUUUGGUGAUAAUACCAAUGGUUGCACGAGUGCUGGACCACAUUUUAAUCCGUCUGGAGUGGAACAUGGUGGACCAACUGAUUCUGUUCGUCACAUUGGCGACUUGGGAAAUGUAGAAGCAGGCAGUGAUGGUGUUGCAAAAGUCAACAUAUCCGAUAAACAAAUUCAACUCAAGGGAAAUAAUAAUAUAAUUGGAAGAACUCUCGUUGUUCACGGUGACCCUGACGAUUUGGGCAAAGGUGGACACGAAUUAUCAAAAACCACUGGUAACGCUGGUGCUCGUUUGGCCUGUGGUGUUAUCGGCAUCACCAAAAACUGACUUAAAACUGAUAAAAAUUCAAAACUCUAAAUAAUCUACUUACAAAUUGUUGUAUAAUUAUAAAUGUAACUAAUCAGAAGUCUAGUUCUAAGGCAGUGGUUGUAAAAAAUAAAUCAUUCCUUCUUAUUCAUUGUAA